AUGAUCAAGUUUCGGCUGGGCGUUGGUGAGGAGUUCGGCCUCUCGGGGCGGCCACCGCGCCGAAGCACUGGCGCCGUCGCGUCUGCGCUGGUCGUGAACGGCGGCCCGCAGGUCAUCGAGUGCCGCGGGGUGCCCAUGGACCUCUUCGCGCUGGCCGACGAGGUGCCCGUCCCAGACAUCCCUUUGUGCGCCAUCCGGCAGUUGCCCGAGCAGUUGGCCGCAGACGCGUUCGCGAAGGCUCAUGGGAAGGAUGUUCGGUUUGCCGGAAAUUUCCGCUAUGGAGACUUUGUCGAAGUUCGUUGGCCCGAGCACGGAAUCUACGUGCCACGAAGUUCAGCCGCUAUUGUUGCGGAUGCAAGAAAGCGUUCGUGA